GGGCCAGCAGAAAGUUCCGGCGGAGCGACAGAUUGACGGACGGUCUCGGUUCUGCUUGCCGCUCUGAGCCCCCGCCUCGGAGCCGAGCGCGGCCUGACGAGGAGCCGCAGCCGGCGCCGGCAUCAUGGUGUUCUACUUCACCAGCCACGGCACGCUGCUAGAUGGGGAGAAUAAAAGAAAAAUGGUCUUUAUCCUCAAGGAACUUAAAUUCUAAUGACCUGCCUGCCCUUGGCCACACUGCUAAUAUCUGUGGGAAGAGUGAUUCAAACUCAGCUGAUUCAUCUGUUUACACCAUUUAUAUGGGAAAAGAUAAAUAUGAAAAUGAAGAUCUAAUAAAAUAUGGCUGGCCAGAAGAUAUUUGGUUUCAUGUGGACAAACUGUCUUCAGCUCAUGUGUAUCUUCGACUACACAAGGGGGAAAGGAUAGAAGACAUUCCAAAGGAAGUGCUGAUGGACUGUGCACACCUUGUGAAGGCUAAUAGUAUUCAAGGCUGCAAGAUGAACAAUGUUAAUGUGGUAUAUACGCCAUGGUCUAACCUGAAGAAAACAGCAGACAUGGAUGUGGGACAGAUAGGAUUUCACAGGCAAAAGGAUGUGAAAAUUGUAACAGUAGAGAAGAAAGUAAAUGAGAUUCUGAACCGAUUAGAAAAGACCAAAUUGGAGCGGUUCCCAGACCUAGCAGCAGAGAAGGAAUGCCGAGACCGAGAGGAAAGGAAUGAGAAGAAAGCCCAGAUCCAAGAAAUGAAGAGGAAAGAGAAAGAAGAAUUGAAGAAGAAGAAGGAAAUGGAUGAACUUAGGAGUUAUUCUUCACUAAUGAAGUCUGAAAAUAUGUCUUCAAAUCAGGAUGGCAAUGAUUCAGAUGAAUUCAUGUGAAAGAAGAAAACGGACUUUGAAUUUUUGGACAGAUACAGACAUUUUGAUUUUCAGAUGUGUUCUGCAUACCAAAAAAAAACAAAAACCCACUUAAAACCUACAUGAAUAUCAUUAACUUUGGAGAUUUGAGAAUCUGGUUCGUUUUUUGUUUGUGGAAAAUGAUCCCACGUAAAACAAUGGAGCUUGGACACAGCAAAUGUGUAGCUUUAAGAAUGAGGAAAUGUUUGUACCAGAACAUGUCUUGGCUCCUCAUGAGAGUUGGCUCUACUUGCUCUUGGAAUGGGUUUCCAAAAUAACUAACUUGGGGAAGUAUUUGUGUUGUGAUAUUAUUUCUCUGAAAAUAGAUAUUAUAGAAGACCCACCUAUUUUGUAAAUUUCACCCCUGUGUAUGUUUUAUGUGAUAGAGACAUUUGGGAAGUGUUUUCUCCCAUUUGCCAGUCAGAAAUGGAUAUGCAUGGGGCUUGAAAUUACAGGAAUUUGCGCCAGUGCUUUUUUGAACUAAGGUAGUUAAGAGGGAUUUAAUUACUCAUUAUUGCUCAAUUUGUUCAAGGAAAGAUUUUUUCAGUAUUUUACCUCCCCCCCCCCCCCAAUUACAUAUAAAGACAACUUUUAACAUUAGUUUUCUAAAAUUUUGAGUUUUAAAUUUUCUCCUUCCUCUCCUCCCCUACUGAGAUUUGAUAUAGGUUGUACAUUUGAUAUCAUGCAAAGCAUAUUUCCAUAUUUGACAUGUGGAAAAAGACCCCUCCCCCCAAAAAAGACCACCAAAAUGGGGGGAAAUAGUAUGCUUCACUCUGAAUUCAGACUCAAGGAAAAAUUUAAUAUGCAUGUUCUCUUGUCAUUUCUUAUCCUAUCAGCAUAGUGAUCCUGUGAUUUCUUAGCCAAACUUCCAAGUUCUAACUUUUUUAAGAAGAAAGAGGUCAUCCAUUGGCUGUCACAAUAUUAUUAUAUAAAAAGGAACAGUCUUUGAUUGUUGAGCUUGGGAUUUGUGCCUGUUUGCAUUAGCAAACACUCAGAACUCUGGCCACAUAUCCAACUUUUAGGCUCUGGAUCUUCAGUCUUAUUUGCCACAGUCUGGUUUAAUGAGGCAUGCCAUCCACCCAAAAACUCUUUCUUGCUUCUGGGUUUUUAAGUACAAUGAUCUCUGUUCUCUCUGAAGUAUGCUUCAAGAUUCCAUUAUUUUAAAAGCCCUAUUGCAACCAAAGCAUGAUGAUAGGGAUUCACUGAGAUCAUCUAGGUAAAGUAGUUGUAGUGGAAAGGAGGUGCUUUCCAAACCCCUUUCCACGUUUAUAAUCCUCCUUUCAAAGGUGAGCCUUGUCUUUGGGGUUCUUGCUAACAAAUGCAGCAAGAUGCAAAUAAACCCUAAAGAGGUAUAAUGCCAGAAAAAAAGAUGGAAAAUUUAUUAAAGAGUUUCACAAUCAAUUGGCCAGCUUUGUGGUCUUGAAGUAGUAGGAUUCUUUAUAGUUGUGACACCAGACUCUAGAUUUCUCUUCUUGAUCUGGAAUAAAAGUUUAGAUGAUUUUUGUAGUUUCUUACAGUUGUAUCAUCUCAUAUUUAAUUACUUUAGUGAUUUCAGCCCUGUAAACGAUGGUAAACAAAGAGAAAACAAAAACUGCAAGGUAGUACUAACCUAAGUAAAUUUACCUUACAGCUUGUCCCUGCCCACAUUCUCAUACUUACUAACUCUGGGCCAGGAAAAAACUUCAACCUAAAAGAACUACAAUCUAGAGCAGUUCUGUUCAUUUGCAGAACCCAAGAUCUGUUUUUAUUUCUAAGGUGAUGGGCAAAAUUGAACAGGAAAAAUUAAUGUGAUUCCAGUUUACUUGGGCAGAGCUUGGAAAUGGGGGUCUAGAAAGUAGUGAUUUCCUAUGUACUUUCCGUCCUUUAACUCCUGGGUUUUACCAUUAGAAAAGAAUAAAAUAACAUAAUUGAAUAUGAAAAAUCUAGUGAUAUUCUAGGUACCUAUGGUGUUAUUUAAAAAGUAGGAAGCUCUAUUCUCAUCUGUCACAUACUGGCAAUUGCUUGGGUUAUUUCAAGGUAUUUUCCAGCUAACAUGCUAUGAUCCAAACAAUUCUGGUUUCCCCCCACUACUUAUCUUUGUUUCCUUUCCAGUGUUAUUCCCCACACUCCUCACCCAGGGUAUUUCUAUUUUUAACUGAUCUGGGAUUCAGAACUUAGUCCCUUCUAUUUCCAUGUUUUCCCCACUGUGUCUGCUCCUAUACAGAAAAUGUAGGCAGUCAAUUUAAAUGUUUAUUGAUUCUUUUUACUAAUUUGAGGGGAAUCUUGGAGUCAUGUUCUUUAAUAAUUUAAAAGAUGAAUAAUUUCAUUGAUAUAGGACUAAGUAAGAGAAACUAUGCUGAUGGGGUAAAUUAAAUUGAACACAAAUUCAUGUUCAUUUUUCCAGUUUAAAAUAUUAAUCCAUCUCUUAUCAAAUUUCCUUCUUUCAUUUCCUUUCAAGAUAGCUGAUGCCACCUCUAACCUUUUAUCCAUCACUCUUAUGAUCAUAUUAUAGUUUUAGCGAUGGGAGAAUGGACCAACUACUGCUCUCUAGUUUAAGACUUUAAAUAUUUUAGCGCCUGUGGUUUUUAAGAAAUCUAAAUUUUUUUUCUUUCAGGUUCUCAGGCCCACUCCACAGAUUCAAAUCAGAAUUGUUCUCCUUGAAGCAAUCUAAUCACACUGUGUUAGGUGUCCUUUGAAUUCUAACCACAGAAGUUGUUUGACUAGUUUCUACUCUUUUUCUGUCUGAGCCUCCAGUCUCAAUCAGCAUCUUUAGGUUUUUCCAUGAACUUUAUAACUGCCACCAGCUUGGCUAGUGUGGCCAAGUACACUAGGUAAAUUAGUAUCUCAAUUUUUCUCCCGAUUUAUUUCAUACUUUUGUCUCCAGUAUUCUUUGCAGUAUCAUAUUCUUCAAACUUUACUUUUACAUUGUAUUACAUCCACCCUAGCUGGUCUAGGGUCAGUCAUCAAGCUACAGGGACUUGUAUGUAUAUAUGGGGAGUGGGCUGGGGUAAAGGGGAAGAAAGGGGUGAUUACAGUGCCUUAGCAGAAGAUGCAUCACCCUCUAAGAACUGGCAUUCUCUCCAGUGGAAUCAGAUGAAUAACUUGAGAAUUUUCUUUGAUCUUAUCUGGGAGAAUUCUCUCAAUACAGGUGAUAAAGACUUGUUGAAAUUAUUUGCUCUCCAUUAUAUUCUUUUACACCUGCUGCAGGUCAUUUAAACCCAAACAUUUAUUACUCUCAUUCAAGAAAGGUGUGAACCAUUUUUAAAGCAAGUUUAGACUGAGAGGAUAAUAAUGUAGUUCUCUUGAUAGCUCAUCCUACUUGCUCCCUCUAGUUCAAAGCUAAAACUAUUCCUCUCAGCUGUACAUCAUUAUGAAAGAUGAAACUUGGUUCCCACAAUUUAGUAGUUAAAUAGGGAAGACUUCUGAGCAGGAGAGCAGGACAAGAAAACUGGAUGGUUUCUCAAUUUCUCUGAAUCAUAGUGUAGUGUGACUUUGUUAUUUUGUUGGAAGCCCAGUCUUAUGACUAUGUAAAAAACACUUAUUUUCCAAUGUUCCCUACAUAGAAGUGAUUUGGUCAUCUUUGAAGUCUGAAAAUGUUUCCAAAAAAGAGAUUGGGCUAGCCUGUGCUCCCAGUGUGAAAUGGAAAAUUCACCAAUUGUGGACCACUGGAUAAAAAAACUAGCAUCUUUGAGCCAACCUGACACCAUUCAACUGAGAGCCAGUGUGUUCUAAGUCUAAGAGGCUGAUGUGUAAAACUCAAAUAAAAUUUUAUGGUUUCAUUAGAA